ACAUCAGUCGUUUGAAAGUAUCCAGUGGUGCUGCAAAUUGAGCGAGUGCGCGGCCGAAUGACCUUCUGGUGAUACUUAUUGACCACUCGACCUUUGAAAGAUUCGGUGAGACCUAUCAUUUCUCAUUUCAAUAUUCAAAAAUCGGCCCUGGGAGUGAUCUUCGCUGUUUUCUGAACUCACGUACUACAUGAACUUUUCAUUUUUACGCCUUUUCAAGAAUGCACUCGUUGAAAUACAUAAUCUCUUUAUUUGCAUCUUGCCAAGCAUUAUCGAACAAGGUUCUCUCUCCUCUUCCACAUCUAUCAAACAUUGAUACUGCCCUCCUCGUUCUUCUUACUUGAAGAUCCACACAAUGCUUGCUGCGAAGAGCGUCCUCCUGUGCCUGCCUUUUGCUGCAGCUGUCGAAUUUGCCCAACUUAUUCUCGACUGCGUCACUGUCGACCAGAACAUUCAAACGCUCACUUAUGCUGUUGGAAACUGGUCCGAAUCACAAGGAAUCCUGGGAGCAAUCCCUAUCCUUCAAGACGAACAGACACUGGAUCAGUCCAUCAACACAGCAACCUCCGAUUGCUUACAAUCUCCUCAACUAACAUCGGAUCAAACCGCCAACAUGGCCGCACUUAUCGAGAAUUAUAUUAUCCCGGAUACCGCCACGCUUCUGGCUGCAAUGGAAGCCAAGAAACAAGACUUCAUCGACGUCGGGGUUCUUCCGACUGUUCAAAAUUCUAUUAAUUCGCUCAGAACCGAUCAAGCAUCAUGCUCGAGUGCUUUGCUCGCGAUCACACCAGCUGCAAAUCAGCAACAGGGAAUCAACGAUGCUAACACAAUCGACGGAUAUUUUGCUGAAGCUGUUGCAUACUUCAGCAGCUAGGUGUUUGGAGUCGGGAAAAUUGGGAACAUUGGGUUUUGGGCUUAGAGUGGUGGGUUAAGAAAUUUGUGUUUGAAGCUGCAAUGGUACGGGAGAGGGCAUGGAUACUGAUACCUGUAUUUGUUUGUCUUUUUAAGGCUCCUCCAUCCGAAAAAUUCUCUAUCCGACUAAAGUCCCACAACAUUCUUCACGUUUAUUC